GGAAUCUGUGUAUAGCGGAUGGCCUGAAAAAUAACUGACCGGCAUUCAAUCUGCACUAGCUGGUCCUUAGGUCUCAUUCUUUUUUCAUUCCUUCGCCCAUGUCUCUAUCAGCUGCCAGCACUCGAAAACCUCUAUCGAUUCCGUCAAACAGUAGUCUUGCAGCCUCAGUCCGGAGUCAUGCACUUGUAGUACCUUCAGCGACGAGAACCGUCGUUACUGCACCCCCUUGGGCGCAAGAUGAACCUCCUUCUCCCAUAGAUGAUGACCAUCAUUUAUAUGAUCAGAAACCAUCCGACCUCGCCGCUUCUCGUUCGUCAUUUGGAGGAGUAAAUGGAACUUGGUCCGAGAAUAAAUCACCCUGGGGGACGUUUGCACGUCCUCGAGAACCUCAGGGAGAGCCAUCGAGUCAAGCGGCUGGCAAGAUAGGUGCUGCCCACCAAAACAGACCACCCUUACCAUCAUACAUGAAUCCCCGGUCGCACAAUGAACCCCACUUUCAGCCGGCGUCUCCACUGGAGAAGGGAGCUGUACAUUUUCAUGCCGAGUCUUCUGCACCUUUCACUUUACCUUGCAAUAAAACUCCUGGUUGGGACACGCCAUGGGAACCAACACGCGAUUUCCCUACGAAUGAUUAUUCCAACCUUGGGAUGACUGAAGAUCGCUCAGAUAACGAAUCAGGAGACAGGUCCAAUUCUGGGAGAUCUAGGACGAAGCGCUUCAGGACUUUCAUUCUUACGAAUAUAUAUGUGCCAUUGCUUUUUAGAUUCAUCAAUAUAACAUUUACCACUGCGGCCCUUGCGGUGGCUAUCAGAAUACGCAUCGUCGAAUUGCAAUAUAGUGUCAUGGGAAUCGUAGGAAGUUCUCCAACCUUAGUGAUUAUAUUUGCACCUCUGACUUUAGUCCAUGUCAUGGUGGCGAUAUAUCUCGAAUAUUUCGGUCGCCCCAUGGGAUUAUGGCGAACAUCUGCGAAACUUGCACAUACCCUCCUCGAAGUUUGUUUCAUCUGUGCAUGGUCUGCGGCGUUUUCCCUCUGUUUCGACAAUUUCUUCACCUCUCUUAUUCCCUGUGCGUCAGCGAGAAGCAUAGCUUGGUACGAUGAACUCAGUCGGCCAGAGCUAACGCUUCCGAACCUUGGACGAAAUGAGGGCGGAGUGGGAGAUACGCUUUGCGACUAUCAACUUGCAUUGAUUUGUCUGGUUGGGGUUGGCCUUGUCACGUAUUGCAUCAAUAUUGUCAUCAGCCUCUUCAGGAUUUUUGAGAAGGUCAAGUCUUAUGCUGGCUUUCGCCCUACAAUGCCAUUUUAGCGCACUGCAUGGCUCGUACACCCUUCUAUACCACAUCAGAUCCGUCAUUUUUCUGUUUGCAUUUCAUGCUACACUUCAUAUAUUCCUUCAUUAUCACGGACUACCAAUCUAGGCGCUCCAGUGCGGUGUAUUAUAUACAUAACUGUUUCAUCCACAUGUACCAUUAAAAUGGAUUCAUUUGAUUCUAGA